AUUUUUCUUCCAUACAUUUUUUACCAUUACAUAUAUCAUAUUCGACUUUCUGACAAGAUGAGCAUAUCCAUUCCCCAAACCUGCAAAGCAGUAGUCCUUGACUCACCAAGGGCUCCAUGGCUCGUAAAGGAAAUUCAGGUGAAGCAACCCAAGGAAGGGGAGAUCUUGAUUAAGUCCUUGGCUUGCGGUGUCUGCCAUAGCGAUCUGGCUACUAGAAAUGGGGACUUUGAUUCUAUCACAAAGUAUCCCAUUGUUCCUGGCCACGAAGUCCUCGGUGACGUUGUCGCCAUUGGGGCCAAUGUCAAGGGCUGGAAGCUGGGAGAUCGUGCUGGUGGAGCAUGGCACGGAGGUAACGACGGCAACUGCAAGGCUUGCUCCCGGGGUCUGCCUCAGGUUUGUAAGAACUUAGAGGUUAACGGCGUCACUCGUGAUGGUGGCUUUUCGGAAUACUGUACCUUACGGGCAGAUGCCGCCGUGCCGGUCCCUAAGGAUGUUGAUCCAAUUUCGUUUGCACCUUUACUCUGCGCGGGCAUCACUGUUUUCAAUGCAAUCCGCAAGAGCAACGUUCCACAGGGCGACACGAUUGCUAUAUCUGGUGUUGGCGGUCUUGGGCACCUUGCCAUCCAGUACGCCCGACUCAUGGGCUAUCGGACAGUGGCAAUUUCAGAGACAGAAGACAAACGCGAAGCAGCGCUAUCACUUGGCGCACACAAGUUCAUUAAUUCUCGAAAGGAAGACCCGGUGGAGGAACUUCAGAAAGACGGAGGCGCUUCCUUGAUAAUAAACUUUGUUGCACGCCCUGAAGUGGUCCAGAAACUUGUCAAGGGCGUCAGUCCUGGAGGCUCAAUUCUGCUUAUUGCGCCUGUUGAUGGCGUAUCUCUGGAUUUCAUUAAACUAAUUGUGUUCGGCGUUUCUGUGCGAACCUGGUCAUCUGGCUUUGCACCAGAAACUCGAGAAGCAAUAGAUUUUGCGAUUAACCAGGGAGUGAAUUGCUUGACCAAGGAGUUUUCUCUUGAUGAGGUCGAGGCUGCUUUUGCUGCGAUGGAAGACAGAACUAUUCGCUUCCGACCUGUGAUCAAAUUUUAAAGGUAUGAGACACCUACGUCGAUGAUCAUGUUCCUCGGCGAGUUAUUGAAAUAACAAGCAAUUGUUGGAAUCUGUAACGCUCAUGAGUUGUUGGCAAUGAUUCGAUAAGUACUCUACUUUGCUUGUUUAGAAGCGUACGGUUAUCUCUUGAAUCCGAA